ACACUUUCAAGAUUACACCUGCAAAAGAUCGUUGGCUGUGAUAUGCGAUAUAGGCGCCCUAAAGCAGAGCGCCGGCGAUAAACCCUCGUCCUUUAAACAAGCCUUCGCCUUCCGCCCGCUUUCUGUAACUGGCUGGCGAAAAUGGCUUCCUUCUCGGUAAUCCAGCGACCCUCUGCUUCCAUGCUCGCUGCUGCUUUCUGCAAGGUACGCUUAUACUCUUCGCCUUUUCUCAAACCCCAUUUAAAUCUAGUAAAAAUCUCUGCUUUCGCUUCGCGAAACCCCUCUUCUAAAUCCAAAUCUCUCAGCACCUCUGCUACACCCAAUACCUAUCACCACCAGCUUCCGCCAUCGCCGCCUCCUCCUUCCUCCGAUCCCCGCAUCUUCCACAACCCAAACCGUAAUCCCAAUCAAUGGAACCCUCAGAACCAUCAGCCUCCUCCCCCCAAUCAAAACCCUAACCAAAUCAGCCACUAUGGACCACACCAAUGGAGCCAGUCACAGAACCAACCUCAAACUUUACCUCAUCCACCUCCCUCAGGCUAUCAUCCUCCGGCGAAUGCUCCUCCACCGCCUAGUGUUACUCCUCCACCAGCUGGCCCUGGGGAUCUUGUAGCUCUCUGUCGCCAGGGUAAAGUUAAGGAUGCUGUUGAGCUCUUGAACCAAGGUGCUCGUGCUGACCCUUCUUCCUUCUUCGAACUCAUCGCCUCCUGUAACGAUGCCAAGCUUCUGGAAGAGCUUAAAAAGAUCCACGACUUCUAUCUGAGAUCUCCCUUUCGGGCUGACCUACAAAUUAACAACAAACUGCUCGAGAUGUAUUCAAAGUGCAGGAGCAUGAAGGACGCACGCCGGACAUUCGAUGGAAUGGCUGAUAGAAAUAUGGACUCCUGGCAUUUGAUGAUUAAUGGUUAUGCAUCUAACGGUGAAGGGGAUGAUGGAUUACAUCUUUUUGAGAAGAUGAGAGAUGUGGGAGUGCGGCCUAAUUCUCAAACCUUCCUUUAUGUUUUGGCUGCAUGUGCUAGUGCAGAUGCUAUCGAAGAAGGAUUUAUUCAUUUUGAAUCAAUGUCUAAAGAUUAUGGUAUUACGCCUGGGAUUGAGCACUAUGUUGCAAUCAUUGAGGUGCUCGGAAAUUCAGGGCAACUCCACGAGGCAUUAGAGUUCAUUGAAAAGUUGCCUUUUGAAGCACCUGCAGUGUUUUGGGAGACCAUGAUGAACUUAGCCCGCACUCAGGGAGACAUUGAUCUGGAAGACCAAAUGGAAGAGCUUUUGGUGUCAAUGGAUCCUUUGAAGGUUAAUCCUAAAAAGAUACUCACACCACUAGCAAAGAGACCAGCAGGUAUCAACAUGCUUUAUGGGAAGAACAAGCUGGGAGAAUACCGUUUACCACCACCUCCGCCAAAGGCUCCACCUGUGAAGGAACAGGGCUAUGUGCCAGACACCAGAUAUGUGUUGCAUGAUAUCGACCAAGAGGCUAAGGAGCAGGCUCUCCUCUACCAUAGCGAGCGGUUGGCAAUUGCUUAUGGGCUGAUUAGUACACCUGCAAGGACACCCCUUAGGAUUAUCAAGAAUCUCAGGGUAUGUGGUGAUUGCCAUAAUGCAAUUAAAAUCAUGUCCAGGAUUGUUGGAAGAGAGCUUAUUGUUCGUGACAACAAGCGUUUUCAUCAUUUCAAGGAUGGGAAAUGCUCCUGUGGGGACUAUUGGUGAAGUUGCUGUGUUAGACUGUGGUAAACUUCCAAACAUUUCUCAUUAGAUUUCAGGUUUAUGGUGUAAAAAAAAGUUUUCUACUGUUCUGGCUGGCAUUACAGGCAGAUUGUUUAGCUGUCAGAAGGGUUUGAAUUGCAGAUUUUUUUUCCUUGCAUGAUAUGGGUUCUGCAUGUGGCCAAUUGUCAGCUUGUACUGUUUUAGUACUUUCUAAUUACUAUCUUAUGGAAUGAUCUGAAAUACACGGAA